AUGGAAAACGCACUCAACGUUGCACACCUGGUCCUGCGCCAGGAGUCCGCCGAGUCCGGCGGCUCCUCGUCCGUGCCCGCCGACCUUAUUGGUACUGCCGGCUACUGUGACACGACCAACGAGUAUGACGGGAGAAUGGGCCUCAGGAUCUCCUCCAUCUUCGUCAUUCUGGUCGGAUCUCUCGCUGGUGCAUGGUUCCCCGUCUUCGCCCGCCGCCAUGCGGGUGCCGGUAUGCCCGAAUGGCCCUUCUUCGUCGCCAAGUUCUUUGGCUCCGGUGUUAUCAUCGCGACAGCCUUCAUUCACUUGCUUGCGCCCGCCAUUGAAGCCCUCACCAACGAGUGCUUGACUGGCCCCAUCACCGAGUACGACUGGGCUGAAGGCAUCGUCCUCAUGACCGUCAUGGUGCUCUUCUUCGUCGAGCUCAUUGCCAUGCGCUAUGCCCACUUCGGUGGCGGCCACGACCAUGGUCACGACCAUGGUCACGACCUUGAGGCCUCAAGCGAUGCCACGGGCGCCACCAACAACCAUGUUGACAUUGCCAAGAGCGCCGACACCAUCGAGCCUACAUCGUCUACUCCCGGCCAGGACCAUCUUGGACACAGCCGCAACCACGGCGCCAACGAGGAUCUCAACGAGGACUGGGAGAAGAGUGGCGUGAUCCCCGAGUCGUACGCCGCCCAGCUCACCGCCAUUUUCAUCCUCGAGUUUGGCGUCAUUUUCCACUCGAUUUUCAUCGGCCUGACCCUCGCUGUUUCGGGCGAGGAGUUCACCACCCUCUACAUCGUCCUGGUCUUCCACCAGACCUUCGAGGGACUCGGUCUGGGUUCCCGUCUGUCGGCGGUGCCCUGGCCCAAGAGCAAGCGCUGGACCCCCUACCUGCUUGCCAUCGCCUUCGGCAUCUCGACCCCCAUCGCCAUCGCCAUCGGUCUCGGCGUCCGCUCCAGCUUCUCUCCGGAAAGCGCGACCUCGCUCAUCGCCAACGGCGUCUUCGACUCGGUCUCUGCCGGCAUCCUCAUCUACACCGGCCUCGUCGAGCUCAUGGCCCACGAGUUCAUGUUCUCCCCCACCAUGUCCAAGGCACCCAUCAAGACAGUCCUUUCGGCCUUUGGGCUGAUGUGCUUGGGUGCCGCCUUGAUGGCGCUGCUUGGCAAGUGGGCAUGA